GCCUGCUUCUGUACAUUUGUAUAUAUUAUUUUGUUAUUUAUUUAUUUAUCAUCAUAUCAUUGAAAAUGUGAGGUUGGUUUUUACAAGUCUAUAUAUUGGUAAUGGGAAUGAUCUAAGAAUCAACUUGAAUAUAUUUCCCUUUGAAAAUAUAGUACUCAACCCCAUAAAUCUCAAAGCACUUCUUCUCGAGCUACAAUGCCUUGUCCCGAGCAAUCUCUUUCUCUUCCCGGAUACUUGCAAGAAAAUGAAACCUCCCAAGAAUUUAAAGACUUGAUCGUCUCCUUGCCCACUGAGAAAGGCUGGAUGGCAAAACAUCUCCAUCAAUACCAAGGUUUUUGGCACACAACUAGGCAACUUCAAGGGGUUCUAGCUUGCCAAAAACACUUUCAAGCCCAAGAUGGCGAUAUCUUUCUAGUCACCACUCCUAAAUCAGGCUCUACUUGGUUAAAGGCAGUGAUGUUUGCCUUGGUGAAUCGGGUUUCCUUUCCUGACACUAAACAACACCCUUUGCUCACUAACAACCCUCAUGCUCUUAUGCCUUUCUUGGAGAUGGAAUACAUUGGUAAAGAGACUCUUGACUUCACCAACUUCACUUUUCCUAGGCUGUUUUCAACUCAUCUCCCACUCUUGUCACUUCCUAGAUCUGUGGAGGACUCUGAUUGCAAGCUUGUUUACUUGUGCAGGAAUCCUAAGGACAUUUUCGUGUCCCUUUGGCACUUCACUAACAAAUUGAGACCCAUUGAUUGGGUUCCUAGUUCACUUGAAGAAACCUUUGAUAAGUUCUGCAGGGGAGUGAGUUUGUAUGGGCCAUUUUGGGACCACGUUUUGGGUUAUUGGAAAGAGAGUUUGGAAAGGCCUCGUAGGGUAUUUUUCUUAAAGUACGAGGAAAUGAAAAAUGAGCCCAGGAUUCAAUUAAGGAGACUGUCUGAAUUCCUGGGGUGUCCAUUUUCCCUUGAAGAAGAGAAUAGCGGUGUCUUGGAUGAAAUCUUGGAGCUGUGUAGUUUUGAAAACCUGAGCAAUUUAGAAGUGAAUAAUAUCGGAAGGCUGCAUUCCGGAGAGGAGCAUCAAGCCUUUUUUCGCCGAGGCGAAGUUGGUGAUUCCAUGAAUUAUCUCACGGCCGAGAUGGUGGAAAAAAUUGACAUGAUCACUGAGCAGAAGUUGCAUUGUCACGGUUUAAAGUUCUAGUUCGCACGAAGACCGCACCAUCUUUCUUUACUGUUUAUCAGCAUCUAGGCCAUUUAUCAUAUGUUGCAGUAGUAUUGUCAAUCAAAACUGUCGGCAAUAAUGGCAUGGGCAUUGCACCCUGCAGUACCGAUGA